UUGUAAUGUAAACUAACUGAGUGUGUUUCCACUGAUACGUGUUUCUUUCUAGAAUUUUUAUAGUAAUUUCACUUUUUGGGCGUAAAAUUAUUAUUGGAAUAAAUACCUACAAUCAAGUGUAAUCAAAUGGAAGUAAAACAAGAAAUUUGUGAGGAAACGUGUAAAAUAAAAACAGAGAACAAUGACUUGGAUGAUGCACUUUUGGAUGGGUUUAAACGUGAAAUUCAGGAAGAAUCCAAUAGGCAAAGUACUCAUGAUACUUAUAAUUCUUUAGACCUAAAGAAAUAUACCAUAACUACUGAAAUAGAACAACAUGGAAAUAACUUUAAACCAUUUGAAGACGACAAAAAAUCUGAAAAAGAUUAUCUUCAAGAGAACAAGAUGGAAAUUAUGGAGACACUAAGGGGACAUUCAUCUCACGAAGAAAAUUAUGUGAAUCUACAUGCUAAAAGAAAAUCAUUAAAUAAAAAUAUGAAAAUUGUGAUUCGAAAAAGACUUUACAAAUGUGAAAUUUGUUUAAAGGAGUUUUCUAAAAUAAAUAUUUUGAAAAAUCAUUUAAGAACCCACACUGGAGAAAAACCUCACAAGUGUAAAAUUUGUUUUAAGCAGUUUAUUACAUCAGGUAAUUUGAAAAUGCACUUGAGAGUGCACACUGGAGAAACACCUUACAAGUGUGAGAUUUGUUUUAAAGCAGUUUUCUCAAACAAGUAAUUUAAAAAAUCAUUUGCUAACACACGCUAGAGAAAAACCUCACAAGUGUGAAAUUUGUUUUAAGCACUUUACUCGAAAAGAUCAUUUAACUGAUCACAUGAAAGUUCACACUAGAGAAAAUCCUUACAAGUGUGAAACUUGUUUAAAGCAGUUUUAUCGUAAAGAUAUUUUGAAAAAUCAUUUAAGAACGCACACUGGAGAAAAACCUCACAAGUGUGAAAUUUGUUUUAAGCAGUUUAUUACAUUAGGUUAUUUGAAAAUACACUUGAGAGUGCACACUGGAGAAACACCUUACAAGUGUGAGAUUUGUUUUAAGCAGUUUCUCAAACAAGUAAUUUAAAAAAUCAUUUGCUAACACACGCUAGAGAAAAACCUCACAAGUGUGAAAUUUGUUUUAAGCACUUUACUCGAAAAGAUCAUUUAACUGUUCACAUGAAAGUUCACACUAGAGAAAAUCCUUACAAGUGUGAAACUUGUUUAAAGCAGUUUUCUUACAUAAAUAGUUUAAAAUAUCAUUUAAGUACGCACACUGGAGAAAAACCUCACAAGUGUGAAAUUUGUUUUAAGCAGUUUAUUACAUCAGGUUAUUUGAAAAUACACUUGAGAGUGCACACUGGAGAAACACCUUACAAGUGUGAGAUUUGUUUUAAGCAGUUUUCUCAAACAGGUAAUUUAAAAAAUCAUUUGCUAACACACGCUAGAGAAAAACCUCACAAGUGUGAAAUUUGUUUUAAGCAAUUUUCUGUAACAGGUAAAUUCAAAGCACAUUUGAGAACACAUAGUGGAGGAAAAAUCUCAUAAGUGUGAAAUUUGUCACAAGCAGUUUAGUACAGCAAGUAAUUUAAAAGUACAUUUGAGGGUGCACACAGGAGAAACACCAUAUCAGUGUGAUAUUUGUUUAAAACAGUUUGCUCGAAAAAUUAAUUUAUCAGAACAUAUGAAAGUUCACACUGGAGAAAAACAUAAGUGUGAAAUUUGUUUUAAGCAGUUUGCUCGAAAACGUGGUUUAACUGAUCACAUGAAAAUUCACACUAGAGAAAAUCAUUUAAAAGUUGCACGCUAGAGAAAAUCCUUACGAGUGUGAAAUUUGUUUUUAACAGUUUACUACAUCAAGAUAUUUGAAACUACAUUUAAGAACGCACACUGGAGAAAAACCUCACAAGUGUGAAAUUUGUUUAAGCGAUUUUCUGUAAGAGGUAAUUUCAAAGCACAUUUGAGAACACACACUGGAGAAAAGCCUCAUAAGUGUGAAAUUUUUUUUAAGCAGUUUAUUUCAGCAAGUACUUUAAAAAUACAUUUGAGGGUGCACACUGUGCACCAUCUUACAAGUGUGAGACUUGUUUUAAGCAGUUUUCUCAAAGAGGUAAUUUAAAAAAUCAUUUGCGAACACACGCUAGAGAAAAACCUCACAAGUGUGAAAUUUGUUUUAACACAUUAAAUGCGCAUGACCCCGAUGUGGGCCACGUCGGUUAACUUCCAAGUGUUCGUGGCCCCGCUCGAGGUACCUCGUGUCGUAGUAUUAAAGAAGCUGUACAAAUUCAGCAAGGCAGUAAAUCACACCGUCCCUUUGUGAGCUUGUCGGUUAAGUAUCGAGAAUUGAUAAUUUCUUCGUCUUUUGCACAGUUCCUGAUUAACGUAGUUUCAACGUCCAAAAAACUUAAAAGUGACAUAUAAAAUUCCAACAAACUCACUGAAGAAGAACUUUUAGCAGAAUUAGAACAGUCAGGAUUCUGCGUUGGUGAGUGUUUUGAGAGUGGCCAUACGUGGUUCUUUAUGAUUUUUCAGAACAUUUAUUAUAGUUUUGAGUUUCCAGAUUUUUUUGUAACAAAUAAAUGAU